ACUCCUCCCAUUUCAGACAAUACAGGACACGGAACACCUUGUGUCACCUUUACAUCUUCAGAACUAUAGCCAUGGAGUUUACUCUUACUUACUUAUUCACUAUAUACGGAUUAUUAUUUUUGGCUAUCCUAUACAUUAUAAAAGAAUGGGGAUGGCGGACCUCAGAUGCUUUGUCCAGGAAAUUCCCUCCGGGACCCAGAGCUCUGCCGGUGAUCGGAAAUCUGCAUAUGAUUAAUCUCGGAAGGCCAAAUGAAACUUUUAUGAAGCUCUCAAAACAAUAUGGAUCUGUGUUCAGUAUCCAGAUGGGUGGUGUGAAAAUGGUGGUAUUAUCUGGCUACGAGACCGUCAAGAAUGCACUUGUUGACUAUGCUGACGAAUUUGCGGAAAGGCCCCACAUACCGAUGUUUGAGGACAUGAACAAAGGGUUUGGUGUCCCAUUCAGCCAUGGUGAGAACUGGAGAAUAAUGAGAAGGUUCACUCUCAGAAAAUUACGGGACUUUGGCAUGGGAAAGAAAACCAUAGAAGAUCGGAUUGUUGAAGAGUGUGGAUUUUUUACUAAGGAACUGGAAUUAUUAGAAGGCAAACCAGAAGACUUGGCCUCAAAAACUAAUUUUGCCAUUGGAAAUAUAAUUAUAUCAAUCAUCUUUGGACACCGUUUUGAUUACCAACAUCCCAUCUUACUUCGACUCAUUGGACUUAUCAGCGAGAACAUGAGACUUGUUGGGAGUCCCUCAAUUGCGAUCUACAAUUUCUUCCCCAUCUUCUAUUAUCUGUGUGGAGCACACAGCCAGGUGAUGCAGAAUAUAAAAGAUAUACACAACUUUUUGAAGACAGAGUUUGUGGAGCACCUGCAAGGACUGGAUAGAGAUGACCAGAGAGGGUUUAUUGAUGCAUUCCUUGUCAAGCAAGAAGAGGAAAAAUUGGAUCCUGAUACAUAUUUCCAUGAAAUGAAUUUGCUGAGCACAGUGACAACUUUAUUUAUGGCUGGGACUGAAACCACCUCGGCCACCAUCCGCUGGGCCCUCAUAUAUAUGAUACAAUACCCUGAAAUUCAAAAGAAAGUACAUGAGGAAAUUAAUAGAGUAAUUGGAUCGGUUCAGCCACGGAUUGAUCAUCGUAAGGACAUGCCCUACACAAACGCAGUCAUCCAUGAGACACAGAGAUUUGCCAAUAUCUUACCUAUGAAUCUUCCCCGAGAAACUACAAGAGAUGUAACCUUUCAGGGUUACCAUCUACCAAAGGGAACGUACAUUGUUCCUCUUCUAGAAUCUGUAUUAUAUGAUAAAACUCAAUUUGAAAGACCAGAGUCGUUCUAUCCGGAACAUUUCCUUGAUUCACAGGGGGCAUUUGUGAAGAAGGAGGCUUUCAUGCCCUUUUCAGCAGGUCGGAGGACUUGCCCUGGAGAAACACUGGCAAAAAUGGAGCUGUUCCUUUUCUUCACUAGCUUAAUGCAGAAAUUUACAAUUCGUGCUGCACCUGGUUUGAUCAACUUUCAUGUCAAAUCAUCAGUUGGCCUUACAGUUACACCAUUAUCUCCAAAGAUCUGCUGUGUUCCACGGUCCUACUAAAAAAAAUAUUGUCACACUUCCUUCUAUUUCCUUCAUUUCCACUCUGUAGUGCUGUACAGUGCUACUCCUCCCUUACCAAUAUGCUCUAAGGGGCCCUUACCCAAAAGAGAACAUCAAUGUUGUUUAGGUCAGCUCUCAUGCACUGAUUAAUACAGCCUAGAGUUUCCAUAUACUGGCCUCCAUUUUUAUCUGAGAUAUAUACAGGCACACUGCAUAUUUUCAUUUUUUAGGAUUUAUAUAGUGCAAACAGUUUACACAGCGCUUUACAACAUAAGGGCAGACAGUACAA